CCGCCUUCCCAGCUUCUUCCAGCCGGUGGGUGGGCAGCCCCUGUGACUCGCCAUGCCCGUUCUUCAGAAUGGGGACCCCACUUUGAGGGUCUACUUCCAGAAAUAUUCCAUCCCGGAUAUCUACGAGGCCUUGUUAGGUGGUUUAUUAAUUAUGUGUCCGGAAGAUCCACUCCGAUUUUUAGAAGAAAAGAUCAAAGAAAUUAUGGAAAAGGGUUUAUAUGGUAUUAUAUGGAACAUGUGUAUCGAUCCAGAGUUAAGUCUGAAGCUGAGGGUCCUUUCCGAGACAUAUUUACAUACACUUUUAGGCCUCGAUGACGACCAGCUGAUGACCACAGAGUUAUGUGAUAAAGCGUGGGACCUCUAUAGCACUAAUCUUAAGAGAAAGUGCUUUGACGCAUGGAUCAGAUAUUGUGAGGACAAGAAAGCAGCGGAAGAACUCCUACAGAAAAAAUUGGCCGCCGCAAGGCACUACUAUGACUGCAAGCUACUACAAUUAACGAUGAGGAAAUGGUGUGAAUGGGUGAAUUCUCAGAAAGCAAUACACCAACGAGCAGUAAAACAAAUGGAAAAAAUCUUCAACAAAGUUUUGAAGAAAGUGGUGUUUAAGGCCUGGCGUAAAUCUAUUAUUGUAAGCAAAAAGCCUAAAAAAUCUAUUGAGCCUGUGUUGGAAUCCGAGGAAUUAAUUUUUGUUCUACCUGAAGCCCGUGACAGGCGACAUUCAGAGAGACGCCGCUCGAGUGCCCCACCCAAACAUAUGUUUGAAGAGUUACCUACAUUCCAUACGAAAUCAGGCCGAGAAUAUUUUACCAAGAUGCCCAUGCAACCAUUAGCCCAGGUUGUUUGUCUGUUUACUGUAAUAAAGAUCAUGUGAAAUGUUAAUACCACUUUAUAA